AUUCUCUAACGAAUUUGGAAAGGCGAUGGAAGCCAGUUGUAAUUCGACAUCAGGUCACAUCGCACGCGAGUUUAGUGUUGUGGUGUAAGCAGAGAUAGAGGCAUACAAUAUAAGAUGAUCGUGGCAGAAGCUUGGAAAGCAAGCUACCUCUACUGGGUCUUUCCAGCUCUGAUCGUCGCUACAGUAUUCGCGAUUCUUGGUCUUAUCGGAGUCAUAUUCGCGAUCAGACUGUUCGCCAAGUAUACCUGUGGGAGAUUCCGAAAGACCACGAGGAUGGACGGAAAGACCGUUAUUGUUACUGGCUGUACCGGCGGCAUUGGGAAGGAGACGGCCAGAGACCUGGCCAAAAGAGGAGCCAGGGUUAUCAUGGCGUGCAGAAAUCUGGAGGUAGCUGAGAAAGUUAAAGACGAGAUCAUCGACUCCACAAAGAACACACAAGUGAUAGUCAAGAAACUGGACCUGAGCUCCUUCGCGUCCGUCCGCGAAUUCGCAGCAGACAUCAACAAGACUGAACCAAAACUAGACGUCCUCAUACACAACGCAGGGUACGCAGACACGUUCAAGAAGAGAAAGACUGUAGACGACAUUGAGAUGACUAUGGAAACCAACCAUUACGGACCGUUCCUCCUCACCCAUCUCCUCAUAGACUUGCUGAAGAAAAGCGCCCCAUCCAGAAUAGUCGUCGUCGCAUCUUCGCUGUACCGCCUCGCAUCCUUCAACAUUGAUAACCCAAACCCCGUUGACACCAUACCAGGGUACCUUUACUACGCUUCCAAAGAAGCUAACAUACUCUUCACCAGAGAAUUGGCACGAAGACUGGAAGGUACUGGAGUGACGGUCAACUGCCUUCAUCCAGGCUUGAUAGAAACUGGGAUCUGGAGCUCAGUUCCACCUCCAUUGAAUUGGAUGCUGUUCCCUAUCAUCAAGUUCUUCUUUAAGACUCCUAAACAAGGAUGCCAGACCACGGUGAUGUUGGCGGUUGAUGAGCAAUUGGAAAAGGUAUCAGGGAAAUAUUUUUCUGAUUGUAGAGAGAGCUCGCUGUCGAGUUCUGUCAGUAAUAUGAGUAGGGCUAAGAAAGUUUGGGAGGUGUCCGAGAGGAUGGUCAAGUUGGGUGAUGAUGAUCCAAGGAUUUAGUAAUAAUGGUUGGAACUUGGUGAAUAGAGGAGAGAUUUUAAAACUGAAUAGUUUGUGAAAAAUACAAGCAACUUGUUAAGGUUGUUCUUAAAAAAUAUUCAGUAUCUAUUCACAAAUGUUUUACAAUAUUUAUUGAAGAAAUUAUGAAGGUAGAAUGUCAAUCUUGAGCCAAAAAUACAUUGUUUCGACUUGUUAACAUUUUUUAACGUACAAAAUAUUGCUCAAAUUAUAGUAGGGUACAAUUUCUACAUGUCUAUAUUGUACCAAUUUAUCUGCAAAAUAGUCAGUAUGUUGCUGUACUACGAAAUCUGUCGAAUAAGUUAUCAGGCAGUUAUCAGAGACUCUUUAAUAUUAUUAUGUUCUAUUUAUACAGCUAAGCUUAGCUUUCAAAUAGUCACAUUAUAAAAUGUUAGUCGCUUGCUGUUGCCGUUUGCAAAAUGUACUUUAAUGUAUAAAGUAUAUGGUUUAUUUUUAUGUACAUGUGUUUUAGAUAGAAUUAAAGUUAUUUUUAAAUUA